UGUGUCUUUUGCUAGUUGCUUUUCAAAUUCUUUUUUGGCCUGCCUAAUUACACUUGACUUGCCAGAGUAUAUGCUCUUUUCUAUCUUCCUCAGCAGGAUUUAACUUCCAUUUUUUAAAGGGUGCCUUUUUGCCUGUGUGAUGGGGCACCUGCCUUACACUGGGCACUAAGGGGUUAAUAGAGCCCUAGGGAGGCUGCGCAGGAGGCUGCCAAUCAGAGAAGGGCUGAGAGGAACACCAUUGAGGAAGUGGCCAGACAUUGGCGGCAGUUGCCACUGAGGGAAGUGGCCGGACAGAAACCUGCAGUUCCUCCGGAAGAGGGGAGAACAGAAUAUGUCAUGGCUGGAGGGCUCUGUCCUGAAGAGGACGCUGUGCUCCUUGGAACGAUAUGGGUCCAAGAACAGAAGUGAUGGCGGGUGAGACACCACCAGAAGAGGGCACAUUGGCCAGCAGAGCUAAUCCCCGGGAAGCCAGCAGGAGGUGCUGCAGUGGUGAGAUGUCAGAAAAACUAAGGAGAUGCAGGAAGGAACUGACUGCAGCUAUAGACAGGGCAUUUGAAGAUCUCACAGCUCCUUUCUGUCUCUCAGAAGAUUGCAUCAAUAAACAGAAUUCAGACUUGCAGACAGAGACACCUUCCUCCUUGCUCCAAAUGAACAGAGGUAGUUACAGAAGAGAUCCUACUUCCUACUUAUUUUCCUACCUCGACCAGUCUGCAACAGUCUCCUGUGUGCUGGAAAAAAAGAGUCCUGUCUUCAUACCAAACCUUAUUCCAAUAAGCAUUGCCCAAAAUCCCUUAUGCCCAAAGAGAGAACCUUUGACAAGUAAGGAAAAUACUUGGCUACGUUCUUCCAUUUUUGUGCCUGAUAAACAACUUCCAAGAACUCUGGGGGACAGCGAGAGAUUGAGGAAAGGGCACGCAAGCAAAGAUGCUGAAAGAUGCAUGAAGUCAGAAGCAAACGUAGCUGUCCAUGCUGUCACCCGAGACAUUCCACAGGCUCUUCCUGACACACCUGGGAACCCAAACAGUUGGGGUAUAGAGGAGUUAUCAGGACAGCUGGCUCUAGUGAAUGAGUUAAGCAGAGUUCACAGGCACUCAGGUGAGCCCCCCCUUAGAGACAAUGUUUUAGCCAUCUUUAUGGAUGCGAGCAGCAAUUCUGAGACAAGGCACCAAAGACCAAACAUUGAGGAUGAAGAGAUUAUCCAGACAGUUCUGGAUUUGGAAGAGGAUUACAGCACGGCCAUCUCUGCUCUGCACCAGCUGAACUAGGGAAACUGGAUCAAAGGUUUAUAUAGAAACAACAGUUCUCAAACAUGGAGCCUUUCUGGGGAAAAAAUGGCAGAUUCCAUGUAGUAUAAAGGUUCAAUUAAAAUAAUAGUAAUUUAUAAAUUCAAUUUAUUCUCAAACUCUCCUUUCUUUAUGCUAGUGUUUUGUACUAUUCAUGUUUUCUUCUGAGUGCUGCUUUUUUUUUUCGUAAGAAGGGAUGUUUCAUUAUCUGCGACUGACUUUCUCCACCAAUAUUGUAUCUGCAGAUUCAAGUCUACAGGGCUACAGAACCACUGUGAACAAAAGAAAAUGUUAAGGGGCUGGCGCACUAGACAUGUAGACAUUAUUGUGGAGCUAAAGAUAUACAAGUUCUUUUAUACUUCACUGAUCCACUGUUCCUCUCAAAUACAAUGGAAACACACCAGUCCUAGACAAAAGCUACAUUAUACUAGAAUCAGUUGAGAAUAUACACAGUUCGUGCUAACACACAAUGAGUUACACCUAGCAAGGGACAUAAAAGGCAGUAAGAAGUGGUUCUAGAAAUAUGUUAGACCUACACGUUCUUUCCCCUUUCUCUUCUAUUAAUUAAUGGGAAAGGAGAGCAAAUAACAGAUGACACACAGAAGGCUGAAAUGUUUAAUGCCUUUUUGGCUUCAGUCUUCACUGUGACCAGAUGCUUAAAACAACUAAUAUUAACAAGGGGCAAGGAACUCAUACCAGCAUAGGGAAAGAACAGGUUAAAGAAUAUUUAUAUGUAUUCAAGUUAGUAGGGCCUGAUGAAAUUCAUCCUAUGGGCCUUACGGAACUAGCUGAAGCAAACUCUGAACCACUGGUGAUGAUCUUUGAGUACUUAUAGAGGACAGCUGAGG